CGCCCACCAGACGCUCAUUACACCAUGGCCCCUGUACCAUCCAGCGAGCAGCAGACCGGAAACGGAUCUGUCGCAGCCUUGAAGAAUAGGAUUGGUAAUCCAUCGAACCCAUUCUACUCUCCGAGUCUCGGAGACGACAACGACGCCGGAUACAAGUACGCCGGGUACAAGCCGAGCUUCCCCAAGGUAGACUGGGAACCUCUGCAGGAGAUCGCCGUCCAGGAUCGCGGUGCGUUUGCCGACCCCGAGAAAAAGGCGCUCUUCAGCGCCGCUGGCAAGGUCAAGCACCUAACGCCCAUCAUCGGCACCGAGAUCACGGGUAUCGACCUCCGGCAGCUCACUGAUGCUCAGAAGGACGAGCUCGCUCUUCUCGUUGCUGAACGUGGGGUGGUCUUCUUCAGAGACCAGGAGAUCAGCAUCCACGAGCAGCUGGAGCUUGCUCGUCACUGGGGCCCUCUGCAUAAGCACGCGACCACGCCAGUCCCCAAGGAGCCUGGCCUCGAAGAGGUGCACAUCGUGUACAACGACGCUUCUCGCCGGCCGGACCCGACCGCUUUCUCCAAGGUCGACCUCUGGCACAGCGAUGUGACCUACGAGCUCCAGCCACCAUGCACUACCUCGCUCAAGGUAAUCACAGGCCCCGAAUACGGCGGUGAUACGCUCUGGAGCUCCGGAUACGCGCUCUACUCCUCCUUCAGCCCCGGCUUCCAGAAGUACCUCGAGGGCCUCACCGCGCUGCACAGCGCCGUAGCGCAAGCCGACGGCGCGCGCGCCGCGGGGCUGCACGUCCGCCGCGAGCCGAUCGAGUCUAUCCACCCCGUCGUGCGCGUGCACCCGGUCACGGGCUGGAAGAGCGUGUACGUGAACCCGGGCUUCACGCGCCGCAUCAUCGGCGUGCCCAAGGCCGAGAGCGACGCGGUCCUCCAGAUCCUGUUCAACACGAUCGCGAACAACGUCGACCACCAGGUGCGGUUCAAGUGGGAGGAGAACUCGAUCGCGUUCUGGGAUAACCGGAUUGUCACGCACUCUGCUACGUUUGACUUCUGGCCGAACACGAGACACGCUCUACGCGCCACUCCCCAUGGCGAGCGUCCCGAGUCGGUCGCUGACUACGAGGCGCGGACCGGAAAGGUCGCGAAGGACCGUCAGAUCGACCUCUGGGAGAAGGCCGGUGUCGAGCUCCCCGAGUACAGGAAGACCAGUCUCGUUCGGGGAUACAACGACUAGACGCCGUAUGCGUAUUGCAGGGUGAUAUAGCGAAGGCUGUAAGAUCAGUAUGUACAAGCAUUUAGAUUGUAUGUAAGUUUGUGUAUAGAGCAAGUACGUUUCAAGUUUUGUAUGAAGGCCCUC